AUGAUAGCACAGGCCAUUCGAUUUGUUCCUGAGAAGUUCUCCAGUGAUCGAAGUCUUUCGCCAGCAAGAUUGAGUGCAUGCUUCGUUCCGGACGCGUCUGUUUUGGAGCUGCUAGCUGUGAUGAAAGAUAUGCUAUCUGUAAUCUCUGGUGACGUGCUGUGUGUGAUAGAUGGUGUUCAAGCGCUUGAGCAACGAUCUGACAGAACACAUACGGAGUGUUUGCUACACGUGUUCCGGACUCUGUCUAGUAAUGGGCGU